CCGCAGAGUUGGCGCUCAACAGAGAUGGGGAAUCCUAACAAAGACGUGGAGCUUAAAACCAUGAGGAAGCUGACAGAAGGGCCGUCACACACUGGGAAACUUGAAGGGACUCAGCCGAGCUCAGAGAGGAGAGUUUCAUCCUACAGGAGCCUUGCGCUGGUCUUUGCCAUUCUGUGGAUCAGCACUCUCAGUGCUGGAGUGGGUCUCUACUUUUUCCACAGGUCAAUAGAACAUUCUGAGGCAAGUGGCCUUCCUGAACAUCCACUAACACUGCAGAACCAACUGGAGGAUUUCCGAAUGAACACGUCUAACCUCAUAACUGAACUUCUGAUGUCUCUGGAGAGCCUUCAAAAAGAGCACUCUACCCUUCAGAAAGACCACUCUGAUCUACAGGAAAGUUACAGGAAUGUGUCAAACGGCCAAUUGCUUACCUUGAGAUACAGCACUGAACUACAGAAUUCACUGAAGACCCUUCAAAGAGACAACUUUGACCUUCAGGGACGUCUUUCCGACCUACAGAGAGACUACAGCAAUGUGACGGAACACAGUCAGCUUACACAACAAGCCAAGACAGAGCUGGAGAAGAAACUGCAAACCCUUCAAACAGACCACAGUGACCUCCAGAGAGACUGUUUGGAUCUACAGAGAAACUGUACCAAUAUGACAAGAAACUGUCGGCUCAUACAGCAGUCAAAGACUGGUGAGUCACUUUUUAGAGCCAUCUUCUCACACAGAGAACCAACACUGGUGAAACAUCAUGUUUUGAAAUUCUUACCUCUAUAA